AGUGUAGUAGAACUAGAAACCAGAGAAAAAUGGGGAAGAGAGGAAGACGAAGAAGAGAUGAAGCUCAAGAAAUUACAAGACCUGAACAAGGAGAGACUUAUCGACAAUAUUCUCAACAGCAGCAAACAAGGGCUCCUCCUAUUGGGAGUGAAAGAGUGAAAAUGAUGAAACUAGAAGCCAGACUAAACGCUGCUUCAUCUCUUCAAGCUGCACUAUCACCACCUCCGGGUUUUGCGCCAUCAGAUACUUCAUCUCCCAAUCCCAGGUAUCAAACUCGCAAUUAUUUAAAGGCAGUCCUUAGCCAGUGUAAGUUUAUGACUGCAACAUCAAGGUCUGCAGUUCGACAUGUUAAGGCGUCGUAUUCUUCAAUUGCUACUUGUGACUUUCCUGCUCACCCUAUCACUGGAAUCUCUCAUGCAACAAAUGAGAAGGUUGAUGAUUCCGUGCAUGCAGAACUUAAUCAUCAUUCUAUUCUAUCAAACCAUGGCACCUUGGAUGUGGAGAAUCAGCAACCGGGGCAACACACCGAAAAAGCUCCUUUCCCUGAAGUUGUAGUUGAGAACAAUGCAACACAAAGUAAGGCUGAUGUGGUUUUAGAUGCUAAUGCAGAACUUAAUCAUCAUUCUAUUCUAUCAAACCAUGGCACCUUGGAUGUGGAGAAUCAGCAACCGGGGCAACACACUGAAACAGCUCCUUUCCCUGAAGUUGUAGCUGAGAACAAUGCAAAACAAAGUAAGGGUGAUAUGGUGUUAAAUGCUAAUGCCACCGAACCAGAAUCCAGAAGCAACCAGAGUGGUGCGCAUCCAACAAAAACCAUGAGCCUUAAUCUUACAAGGAUGGCUGCACUUAUGAAUGACUAUUCUUCUGAUGCUGAUGAGGUUGGAUCUCAACCUGCUCAUCUGUCAGUCGUGGUUAACGGUUACAGAGUUAAGGAGGAAGCAGCACCUGUUCUCCAGAAGAUCUUCCUCAAGUACGGAGACAUUGCGAAGAAUAGCUCUUUCUCUUCAGUGAAUAUUUCUUCAUCGCUCCUGGAGUUAUUUUGUGACAUCUAUAAGAAAUUGGAGGAAACAGAUUUCCGAAGCAUAAACCCCAAGGAGCUCCAAUCCAUGCUUGAUGAAGUUAGAGAUCUCGAGUCUGCCAACAUAGAUGUAGGGUGGCUCAGUCGAAGGUUGAAUGAUAUCUCUCAGGCCAAGCAACUUGUCAAGGACAGUCGCAAAUUGAAGGAGGCAAAAACCAGGAACCUCGCAGUGAUGGAGACAAGCAAGAAAGAGCUGGAGGAAAUGAAGGAAGAGUGGGCCGCUUGUGUUGCAACAUGCCAUGUUUUGCAAGAAAGAAUCCGCAAAAAAGAGGAUGAGUUUGGCAUUGCGCGUUGUGAAAACGAAAUGAUCAUGCAGCAAUUUGAAGAUUCAAAGGCCAAGGUGAAUGAUUUCCUCAAAAAGUCCUUGGUCCAUGACCUUCUUUGAGCAACCUGGUGUUUGUGAUUUUUUGUCUUGGAUAGGACCCUAUGAAUGGUCUUUUUGAGUACUUCUUAAUCCCUUUGCUAGUACUAGGAGUUCUAUUAUCCUAUACAUACAAUUGGGCCCCAACUGCAUAUGAGUUCUAGAAGAUAUCAGUACUCUCUUAGUAGCUGCAUUGCAAC